AUGUCAGCCGUGGUCCUGGAGAACGGAGGCUCGGUCAGGAAACUCAGCGACUUUGGACAGGAAACAAGCUAUAUUGAAGACAACUCCAAUCAAAAUGGUGCCAUAUCACUGAUCUUCUCACUCAAAGAAGAAGUCGGUGCGCUGGCCAAAGUCUUACGUUUAUUUGAGGAGAAUGAUAUAAACCUGACCCACAUUGAAUCAAGACCUUCACGUUUAAAGAAAGAUGAGUAUGAAUUUUUCACCUAUCUGGAUAAACGCAGCAUGCCCGCUCUGGCAAACAUCAUCAGAAUCUUGAGGCAUGACAUUGGUGCCACUGUGCAUGAGCUUUCCCGGGAUAAGAAGAAAGACACAGUGCCCUGGUUCCCAAGAACCAUUCAAGAGCUCGACAAAUUUGCCAAUCAGAUUCUCAGCUAUGGAGCGGAACUGGAUGCAGACCACCCCGGCUUUAAAGAUCCUGUGUACCGAGCAAGACGGAAGCAAUUUGCUGACAUUGCCUACAGCUAUCGACAUGGGCAGCCCAUCCCUCGAGUGGAAUACACGGAGGAAGAAAAGAAAACAUGGGGGAUAGUGUUCAGGACCCUGAAGUCCUUGUACAAAACCCAUGCUUGCUACGAGCACAACCACAUUUUCCCACUUCUGGAAAAGUACUGUGGCUUCCGCGAAGAUAACAUCCCCCAGCUCGAAGAGGUUUCUCAGUUUCUGCAGACUUGUACUGGUUUCCGCCUCCGACCUGUGGCUGGCCUGCUUUCCUCUCGGGAUUUCUUGGGUGGCCUGGCCUUUCGAGUCUUCCACUGCACUCAGUACAUCAGACAUGGGUCCAAGCCCAUGUAUACGCCUGAACCUGACAUCUGCCAUGAGCUGUUGGGACAUGUACCCUUGUUUUCAGAUCGCAGCUUUGCCCAGUUUUCGCAGGAAAUCGGCCUCGCCUCUCUGGGUGCCCCCGACGAGUACAUUGAGAAACUCGCAACAAUUUACUGGUUUACUGUGGAGUUUGGGCUCUGCAAGCAAGGAGACUCCAUAAAGGCAUAUGGUGCUGGGCUCCUGUCAUCCUUUGGUGAAUUACAGUAUUGCUUGUCAGGCAAGCCGAAGCUCCUUCCUCUGGAACUGGAGAAGACCGCUCUCCAGCAGUACACAAUCACAGAGUUCCAGCCCCUGUAUUACGUGGCUGAGAGUUUUAAUGAUGCCAAGGAGAAAGUGAGGAACUUUGCUGCUAUAAUCCCACGACCCUUCUCAGUUCGUUAUGACCCAUACACCCAGAGGAUUGAGGUCUUGGACAAUACCCAGCAACUUACGAUUUUGGCUGACUCCAUCAAUAGUGAAGUUGGAAUCCUUUGCAGUGCCCUCCAGAAAUUAAAGUGAAGCCAUGCACUGAACCUGACCCGUCGACUUGAGAAUCUGUUGAUGGAAAUCCAGAUACUUCUUUCAUUUCAUCUGAAAAAGUCUGAAAAGCAAACCUUAAUUCAAAAUAACAGCCUUGAAUCCUUUCUAGAACAAGAUUGAGGAUCAACAAAUAAAUCAAAAUAAUCUGAAAUGACAGCAUGUUAAUACACACCCAAAAGCAUAAUGGUAGAUCUUUUGGGGUCAUCUUUGAUUUAGAGAUGAUAAUCCCAUACUCUCAGUUGAGUUAAAAAUCAAUAACCUGUCACAUUUCAUCAGAGUUAAUGAAAAUGUGGGACCUGCUUCAUUCAACCUUCCUAAAUACUUUUGUUAUUUGCUCUAGAGAAUUCCUAAAGGAGUAUAUAUCACUCGUUGUGAAACACAAGUCUGUCAGAAUUGAAUUA